AUGAGUAACCCAGAUAGCGUCUUCCAGCCAGUCAUCUCCAAACCUGUGCUUCCCGGAUCCCUGAGGUGUGGGUUUGGGCUGACCCUGCGCCAGGGCACCUGCGGACUGGCCCGCCUGCCCCCACCCCCCCCCCCCGCCCCCGGGCACUGCGUGGAGCCAGCGUUCGCCCCGUGGGGCCCGGGAGGCGCGGCCACCGCCACCCCUGACGCCCCGCUGGCGGGCAGCGAGCCGGCACAGGCGCGGGUUUUGAAGCACAGCUGCACUGCCGACCCGCAGGUUUCAGGUCCAGGCACUGCGAUCACCGUGAGCGCUAGUGAUUUUGGCUUUGGCUGGAAGCUUUCCGACUCACGUCACCAGUUUGACAGCCUCACAUCAAAUCAGAGAACGAACACCGUUCUGCCUUGCCAAGACCAGUACUUUGUAGGAGGCCAGAGCUAUAAUUGCCCGUAUUCCACUACAACGUCAGAAUCUAGUGUUGAUGUUUCCACGGAUACUUGGGUCUCUUUCUGGGCUGCUGGUCUCCUGGACAACAGAGAGCCCCAACAAGCACAACAGGCACAGGAAUCAUCUAGUGACUCGAAUUUCCCUUUUCCUACCUCUUGCUCGUGGGAAGAGGCUCAGCUCUCCUCUCAGCUCUACAGAAACAAGCAGCUACAAGAUACUCUGGUGCAGAAGGAAGAAGAACUUGCUAGGUUACAUGAAGAGAAUAAUCACCUCAGACAAUACCUGAAUUCUGCUUUGGUGAAAUGUCUUGAGGAAAAAGCCAAGAAAUUGCUUUCAUCAGAUGAUUUCUCCAGGGCAUGUGGAAAAUUUAGAAAGGGGAAGAGAAAACCCAGAGAGCAAAGAUAUUUUCCUCUCGAGAUCCCCCAUUGCAAAAAUGCCAAGAGAAACAUCUCUAGUGAGUUUGCUAACUGUGAAGAACAACCUGCGCCCCCUGUGGAUCCCUGGGUCCUUCAAACACUUGGGUUAAAAGACCUCAACACUAUUGAUGACACCUUAUCGGCUAACUACAGUGCCCUCUCCCCUCAUCCCAGAAGAAUCACCAGCGCAUUUCCCCGGUUUUUAGAGAAUGCAGUUGAUUACGGGAAUGCCCCCACGGAGGAUAUGCCAGUUGACUAUGGAGGUGAGAGAACAACCCCUUCCCGCAGCACUGCCAGCCACGGGAAAGAUUUUCACUUCCUUUCUCAACUUUCAAAUCCUCCAAGUGGGCUGCAAACUCUUCCUCACUAUACUUCUGACGUGUCACCCAAUAAAACAGAAAUGGCCUUUUCCACAUCCCUGAGCCCUCACUGUAAUGUGAAAACUCAUUCCUUCCACCAGGGACAAGCCUUUGUCCGCCGAGAUGAGAAAGGAGGCUGGAAGUUUACCUGGGUCCCUAAACAGUCUGAGUGA